UUUAUGAUAUUAAGCGGCGUGUCAAGGCCAAGAUGGCCAAAGAGUCCAAAUCUGCACGGAGAACCGGAGGUGGGCCACCUUUACGUGUAAGCUAUCGGGACUGGGAGGAGCCUGUGCGGGCAUUGAUUCCUGGCGAAGUGGUGUCUGCUACUCAUGUCCGGGAUUCGGACCGACCCACGCAGGAUGUCACACAGACCAGCCGCCCAGACAGGCCUCAGACAAGUCAGGAUGAGGCUGGGAUUGCAGGUUCUGCUUCUGGAAGCCGACCUCCUGUAAGGCGGCCAUCACAGGGCUUGGGCCACUUACCCAGGAGGCCAACUAAGACACGGCGUCUUGGCUCGGAUUCAGCACCUCCAUCAUCCCCACCCAGGCGAAGACUUUCGGCAGUGUCACCCCAGCCACCACUGGCACUAUUGGCGAGUUCGCAGAGUGAUGAGCCCAGAUCACCUCAGUUAUCUGAGCACAACUUGAUGUCCGCCGUGGACCAGCAGGGCCCAGACCAACAGCCAUCCAUCACACUGCAACUUACAGCUGUUGACCCAAGCCUGCCAAUACAGUUGCAGGAUAUACCCCAAGCAUCCAUCAGUCCCCAACUGGCACAAGCUCCGCCCCCAAGCCAAAUUCCAGACGAAUUUUGGGCCAGUUGGACAAGCCAACAGGCCCAAAGCAAUGCCAGCCUGACCCAACAUACACAACACCUUGCCAGUCUGCCCCAUCAUCUACCGCGUAUUAGUCGCAACUCGGGCAGACUGAUAGUACAAGUAGGGCGAAUGGCUACCUCAAUGGAGCAAAUUAGGGCUGAAAACAGCCAAAUGAAUGCACAUUUAUCCCGCAUUAUAGAUGAGCAACAGCGCCAUCAGCAGGCACUCGUUCAGCUCAUUCAACACAAUCAAGUGGUGAAUGAGUCCUUAUCCAGGAUUGUAGCCAGCCACACUGCUACUAACACUCAGCUGAUUGCAAGUUUAAAUAAUUUGAGCAGCAAUAUUUCUAUGAUGGGAGCUCAGCAAGUAACCUCCAGCUCGGGGACCACGACCCCUAUCCAAACGCCAGUAACCUCCCCUGUUCGGCGUUCCUCAAGAGCACGUGCCAGUGAGCCAGCACCCAGCACACACAAGCGAAAAAAAUAACA